AUGGCAAUCAAAAGAGGAGACGCAGAUGAUGAGAAACCGAAGAAGGUCAUUACUGGCUUUGACCCACCGGAUUAUGAACAGGCGAUCAAGGAUCAAUUCGACAAUCCGGAGUAUCCACUGGUUUACCAAGGACGAGAUAAGUUUGAUGAUGUGUUCCCAAGUGAAAAAUUAGUAGCUGAGAAGAUACCAGAGCACGAAUGUUUUCCGAGAUUAGCGAGCAAUGAAGACCAACCGAUUGAAGAGAAGGCAGAAAAGGUCGAAGUGCUAAUUCCUGCCUGGUGCACCUUACACGACAAGGAUAUGUGGUGGAACGACGUAUACGACCCUCUUUGGAUCAAGUACAAAGCAAGAAGAAGAAAAAUAUUCGCCUUUCGGAUCAUCUUGCUUUUGAUGAGUUUCUUGCUUCUUGCGAGUUCCCUUGGAAUUUUCAUCGUCAAGUCAGGACACUUUUUCGAAUGCUUGGAAUGUGAUGACUGCAAGACAAACUGCAGCUGCAACGGAGAGAAUUGUAAUAACGUCCGUGUUAUUCCUACGGAGAAUGCAGUAGAGGAAGUUAAAGUUAUUUUCGACGUCAACCAGGAUUUGAAGUAUUUGCACGCGGACGAGUCCAACAACGAAAUGAAUAAAUAUUUUGAAAUUCCGAAGGAGUUUCAGCCCAAUCCGACUCACAUUAAAGCGGUCAGCGUCGAAGGCGUUCGCAAAAACGAGGAGAAAACGCAUACGCAGAUAUACAUAACGAUCGAGUUCAACGGAAGCUCCUCGCUCAUCGAUGCUUUCAUCAAAAAAGCAGCAGAUGACAUGAAAAUGAACGCACAGAAGGCUGGAACUGGCUUUUACCUGACAUGUGGUUGCUACAAAGACUGCGCCGCGGAUUGCGAGAAUGAAGAAACGGACUUCGACGUUAUCUUCCUUGUUGUUCCUGCAGUCGUUUUGGUUAUUUUGAUCGGAAUCAUACUCUAUCUCAAAAAAGGACAGGGUUCUUUUUGCGUCAACAACACAUACAGCUGCUGUAAUAUUCAGCGUGGUGGCUAUCAGAAUUCCGGCCUGCCAGCUGUCACUUACAACUGCGAGAAUUUUUACGGACAUUACGACAAUCGCAAAAAUAUUAACGUAAUGGAGCCACGUAGAUCGAAGAGAAGGCCAGAGACAGAGUACCGCGUGACUAUGAAGAGGCUGGUACUGGGAAUAAAUGUGGAGACUUUUGAUGGAAAAGUACCCGAUAGAAUCGGCACCUGGAAAUCAACUCAGGAGUUUCAGAAAUUAGCAGAAGAAAAACUUGGGUUUUCUUCAGUCAGUUUUCGGCGGAACGCGACUGAAGCAGAGGUACGAGCGGAUUUUCAAUGCUUGAAAGAACAACUCUGUGAAGAAACGGAUUGA